UCAAAAUCAGUUGGCAGUGUUGUGUCGAUAUCGCAGUAACAACUUUUAGUGUCUGGAUCAGUUGUUUAUAAACAAAUAAAAUUAAAAAACCAAUACGAUAAAAAAGCUAAAAUCAAAUCUUAUACACUGUGUCAAAUUAAGAUUAGCGAUACUUGUGUGCAGUACACAAACGUAAAGGUCUAGCGAUACUUUUCUGCAAUACACAAACGUAAAGGUCAUAAUCUAAGUAUUGCGUACGUACGUGCAUAUAAGGUAAAGAAAGAGUGAACAUAUCGCACAAAGCAUAAAUCCAACACAAAUUGAAAAUACCAGGAGAAGAGUUUUCCAGCGUUAAACGAACGAUAUCAAGUUAAACAGUCCACGAAAAUUUUGCUAUUGCACCUCUCCUACCGACAAGUGGCAAUAGGCGUUUGACAGCAUCUUCGUUACUGUAUUGUUGUAUAAUGUUUAGCAGCCUUGCUUCGUUUCUUUUUGGAUCGAGUACGUCUGCAUCUACAAACUGUAUACCGAGUAAAAGCUCAGAGUUAGUAAAGGAAGGAACAAAUUUUGUUUGUGAACAUAACCAGUUAAAGGAACAUUCUGAAGAAGGCGAAACUACUAAAAUUAAUGUGCCUUCAGCACUCAAUAACGGAGAACUUCAAGUCAUUAGAAGCACUGCACGAAACAAGAAUAAGCGCAACAACAAGAAAAAUAAAAACGGAAAGCAAUUACCACCUACGGAAGCAAAACAAUUACUUAUCAAAAAGCCAUCAUCAACGGAAGAGGAUUUCGAUUCAGAGGAGAACGAUUGGUAUUUUGUUGAAAAGGAGGAAGAAGACUCAAAUGCGAGCAGGGAUAAUAAGCGGACAUCAACCCCAGUACCAGAGUCCAUAAGUAGGGCUCAAACUGAUGACUUGCAUCAAAAACAUUUUCAAAACAAUGCGCUCAAUAGUCAACCAAAGAAUUGCCAGAAACACACUCGCAUCGCUAACGAAUGUAACAUUGAUAUCAGUCGCCGUGGCAAAGAAAACGCGAAAACUUUGUCUGACGCAGACAUCGCGGAAUCACUAUACAUUGCACCCGAAAGCGAGAAUUCAGGCCACAAUGUCAGCAGUGCCAGUUGUGAUAGCAAUGGGUCUGGUGCUAAACUCUUUACAAUGGUCGAUUCUUGGUAUUUGACACCUCCGCCUUGCUUUACCUCAGAUGGUCCUAUUCUUAUGGAAGUAUCACCACUAGAGAACUUGCUUAUUGAGCAUCCCAGCAUGUCGGUGUAUCACAGUAUUAGGUCUAUGCAAAAGGCCACAGAAAGUUUUGUAAAUUUUGAUCUCAAGGAAAACGAACUAAGUCAGAUUCAGAAGCAUCCUCAAGUUGUAAAGAUAUCCCAAAUUAGUAAACAGAAGGAAAAAGAAAACGUUAAACCGUUAACGUCAUCGAAAACUAUAGUUUUGAAUACUAAUCCUUCGAAAGCCGUUAUAUACCGAAACACUCAAUUUGUUGCGAAAGAACAAGCCCCUAAUCCACGCGUAGAUCGUUGUGCGGCGGCACAGCUUAAGAUGGAACUUUUCGGGUGGAACAGCCAAAAGUGCAUUGUGAUUCGUGAACGUCGGAACCUGCGUCGAAACGCCAUCUUGCGGGCCAACCAAGUGCGUGAAAUCCAAGGCAGAGGCAACCGCCAGCGGCGCUCUGACUUACAGAACUGUAGACUUAUUAGCGGUGUUAACAACAAUCGCAAAUGUUGCUAUUAGAUGAUUUGAAAGAUAUAUUACCCACCAAAAAUUAUUACCACAUCAAUAAUCAAAACGACCACUAAAAUUUUAUUUUAAACCAAAUUAAUGUUUCUAAACAAAAAUAUUAACGAUUUACGACCCUUAAGGGAAAAUUGUAAAGAAUUUUCAUGGUAAAUACCAAACCAAUAUGUUUCACAGAAAUUAGUAAAAUAUACUUUUUACCUGUAUGAUGCACAAAUAUUAAAUAAAUACAAAUGUAUCUAGGUAAA